UGAUCGAAAAAGAGCAAAUGUUUGUUUGGAUUUUUCUCUUUUCUCUUUUAAAAUAAUUCUUUUAAUAGUUGGCUGAUUAAAACAGAAUUUAAUUAGUUUACGUCUUCUUUUUUUUCGGUGAUUUAAUUGUGUAACCAUGGGCAUCGAAAGUGAUCACUACCAUCAAACUAUAUUCUUCUAAUUGUUUGAUUCGAUUAAAUCAAAUUGUAUUGUUUUUCUCAAGAUCCACUUUCACUCGCUACUUGUUUACAUUACAAUUUUAAAGCGAAUUAAAUAAGAAUUGCUAAUUGUUUGGUUAAUUUGAUUUAAUAACUUUUUUGUUCUAAACAUGGUGAUUGCCCUUUAGAUUUAGUAUCUAUUAAGACCAGAUCAAGUUAUUGGAAAUCAGUGAUGAACGUUUAAUUGCUUAUAAAAAAUAUUUCUAUGGUUUUCCAUUCUUCAAGUUUUCUUUUCCAUCAUUUACCUAUGUGUGGCUACAAGGUAAAGUCUGUGAUCAAUACUACUAAUUAACUUAUCUUCAAGAUGAAAAAUGAAUAUUUAAUGUUUACUAUUCGGUGAUAAAGGUGUUUAAAAUUCUAUUUACAUCAAUAUAUUAUCCUUUUCUGAUUACCAUCCAUCUUAUAUCAAUGCAAAUCUACCCAUAUAACUGUCAGAUGAUCAAAACAAAUAAGAAAUUGAAAACCAGAGAAAUUGUCUCAUCUUAAAAUGUAUUUUGUGGCCUUUCUUGUGACUAAGUUUUAUCGCUAAUCUAAAUUAACGGGAUUAUUAUCAACUGAAUGUAUCAAAUGGAUUAUUAAAAGUGACCUUAAUCAAAGAGAUAAAGAUUAAAUCGUAAUUAGAGUUAACGAAUUAGUUAAUGUGCUAAUGUGCUAAUUGUCAUAAUGACAGUUAUUUCAAGCUCAUCAUCAUCCUCAUCAAAGUUAUCAUCAUCUUCAAGUGAUUCCUUACGAUCAAGUAAAUCAAUAAUACCAACAGGAAACACACCACCCUUAUUAUUAUCAACACAAUCAACCACGCCAACAAUUGCAUCUAAUUGCAAUACUAUUAAUAAAUCAACUUUUAGUACAACAAUUAACUCAACCUCUCAACGGAUAAUACCAACAUUUGAUGAUCAUCAUAAUCAAUACUGUAAUAACAACAAUGGUCAUAACAUUAGUGAAAGUAAAUUAAAAUGGUCAGCACAUUCAUUUAAGCCAUUAAUUGACUAUAAAUCUAAUCAACGUGGACGUAGUCCAGUUUAUGGUAAACUUAAAACAAUGGCGAUUAUACCGAAAAGGAUGUUAGCCAAAGCCUUCCAGUUCAUCCUGCUGGUCAUUCUGAUGGUAACUAUGGUAGUAAACCUUUUAUUUAUCAUAGACACUAGUAAACGAUUAAGGGAAGAGUCUUUAUUGAAAGGUUCAACCGAUGAAUCCAGUAUAGCAUUUGAUGAACGUUACAAUGGACUUAAAUUACAAUCAGAAAGUUUUGCUAAGGCUUUAAGUGUGAAAGUCUUGUCCAGUCAAUCAAAAGUAUCUGUCAACGUUGAUGGGACAACGAUUCUGGAAGAUUCAGAUGAAGAUAAGGGACGUGGUAUUCAUGUAUUGAUACUCAAUCAAGCUACAGGAUCUGUGAUGGCUCAACGAACCUUUGAUACUUAUUCCCUUCAUGAAGACGAGGCCAUGUCACUUUUUUUAAAUAUGGUCUCCGAUGGCAGAGUUAUUAUAUUUGCCAUUAAAGAUGAAGGAACCUUCCAAAUGAAACCUGCGGCUAGAGAUUUACUCAAACGUUUAGGUAGUAAAAGAGCAGCUCAUUUAAAUUGGCGUGAUAUGUGGGCCAUGGUAACGGUCAAAGGAGGUAAACUUUUGGGAGAGGUUUACUCGAAGAGUCCAGAGUUCAAUUCAUGGGGAGCACCGGUGGUUCUUAAAGUUGAUCUUCCUUUGGUUCCAUUAGAAGAAUCAGAAUGUAAUUGGCCGGAAACGGAAGAGAAUCGAAGAAGGCGAUCUUUUUGCAACCGAAUUGAAGGUUAUGGUCAAGUUUGCUCCUGUUCUGAUCCCGCUCCGUUAUCUUUUCAUCCCGAACAGCUUCCAGACAAUAAAGUGAAAAAUAUUCCGGUAACCAUAAUUGCCUCCAAUCGUCCGCAUUACCUUUACAAUAUGCUUCGUUCACUAUUAUCCGCCCAAGGUGCCAAUAAAGAAAUGAUAACGGUGUUUAUUGAUGGUUAUUUCGAGGAGCCUCUUGAGGUGACUAAACUGUUUGGCCUUCGAGGUAUUCAGCAUACACCAAUCGGAGUUAAAAAUGCUCGCAUCUCUCAGCACUACAAAGCCAGUCUAACGGCGACCUUUAACCUUUUCCCUCAAGCCUUGUAUGCGAUUAUAUUGGAAGAGGAUUUGGAUGUGUCACCUGACCUAUUUUCCUAUUUUAGUCAAACCUCUCGUCUUUUGGAGGAAGAUGAUUCCCUUUACUGUAUCUCUGCCUGGAAUGAUCAGGGUUAUGAGCACACGGCUGAAGAUCCAACUCUCCUUUAUCGAGUUGAAACUAUGCCGGGAUUGGGUUGGAUGUUAAAACGUGAUCUUUACAAAGAGGAACUUGAAACACGUUGGCCAACACCCGAAAAACUUUGGGACUGGGACAUGUGGAUGAGAUUACCAGAGAUUCGUAAGGGUCGAGAAUGUGUUGUCCCUGAUAUCUCACGUACUUAUCAUUUUGGUUCCUCUGGUCUUAACAUGAAUUCCUAUUUUCAUGAUACUUAUUUCAAGAAACAUGCAUUUAACAGAGUUCCUUAUAUUCAACUUAAAAACAUUGACAGCGUAAAGAAGGACAAUUAUGAGAAAUCCAUUCAAAGCCUAUUGGAAAAAGCCAUAGUCCUGGAUCAUAGUAAAUCUCCAUGUGAAGAGAAUUUCAUUCCUGACACCAAGAAUCAGGUCUAUGUUAUGUUCAUGAAAAUGAAUGAUUCAAGAGAUUUCAAAACAUGGAAACAAAUAGCAAAAUGUUUCAAAAUUUGGGACUUGGAUCCAAGAGGUUAUCAUAAAUCAAUGUGGAGAUUCUGGUUCAAAGGGAAUCAUAUUCUGGUUGUUGGUGUUCCCAAUUCACCCUAUUCGGUAUUUAAACCAGCUCGAGUUACUCCAAUUUACCUGGAAGAGCAUCUUCAUGAAAGAAAUCAAAUUAAAUGAUUAAAAUUAUCCAACCUGUUUGAUUCUUGACCAAUGUUUUUUUUGCUGAUUAUUAUCAAGUAUCAAGUCGAGCUUAAUUAAUGGUCAACACUCAUAAAUAAUCAAAUCGAAACCCGAGUUAUUUUUUUUUUGACAAGGAAAAUCAAUGUUGCCAUCUCAAUGUCUCAACAAUUAACUAACCACCUGUUAUCACAGGUCUAAAUUGUAAAAUAUUAAAUGUAAAUUAUUGUCUAAAUUAAAUUGUUUUUUUCACUAUAAA